UCCUCCUCCUACAAAAAGCCCUUCUUCACUUCCUCCAUUUUCAAAUCCUUCUUACCGUUGAGAGAGAGAGCGAGAUGGCGAGAGGGAAUCGGCGUCCGAAGCUGGCGAGCCCCGCCGAGCACAGCUCGUCCUCGUCCUCGCCGCGGUCGGCGACCGCGACGCCUCCUCCUCCGGUCGCCGCCGACGAGCCGCCGCAGCAGCAGCAGCCGGACAACGAGAAGCGAGUUCGCGAUUUGGAGAUGCAGAACAGAGCUCACCAGAAAGAGAUCGAGGAACUGAGAAGCAAACUAAGCAAUGCAUCUGUCACUCCUAAUGACAGCAUGCGCAAGAUGAAGGAAGGCUAUCUUCAAAAGUUAAAUGCGCUUGAAGAGCAGGUUAAGCAGUUGAAGAAGAAGCAAGAUGUCCAAUCCCAACUUUCGACGCAUAGAAGAAAAAGUGAAGAGAGCACAAAGCAUUUGCAGGACGAGAUUCAAAAGUUGAAAGCUCAAAAGGUUCAACUCCAAUGCAAAAUGAAACUGGAAUCCAUGCAGUCCAGGUUGUGCAAGGCUUCAUUGGAAAAAGAAAUCCUUCAGCUUAAGAAAGAGGGAAGGAGAAAUGACUACGAGAUGCAUAAACUAUUGGCAUUAAACCAGAGGCAAAAGAUGGUUUUGCAACGAAAGGCAAAAGAAUCUUCUGUGGCAACGAAUCGCCUAAGACAACUAGUUGAAUCUCGAAAGGCUUUAUUGCACAUGAAAGCUGGAUCAAGGAAAGGAAAUACUUCUGGGAUUCAGGCUAUUGAGCAAGAGCUUGAAGUCACGUCACAUAUAAAUGAGAUAUGUGCUGAAUAUGAACAUCAAUUAGAGAUGAUGGCGGAUGAGAUUUUGAAGAUCAAGGAAGAAACUGAGUCACUAAAGCAAGAGAACCUCAAGCUCUUGUUGGAGAACAAAGAACUUGAGUGUAGAGAAGAUCCAGAGCUGAAAGACUUAAAAGAAGAUGUAGUCCAACUGAGUCAUAUGCUUCACAAACUAGAAAUGCCGAAAGCAAGAUUCCCACCUCUGGAAGAGUUGCAGGGGGACUUGAGUCAAUCUUCCGUAUCAAUAGGGAGUAGCAGUGAACAAUCAAAUACAAGUACACAUAUAGUGGAAACUUGUGACAAUGUUGCUGCCAAGGGGGAAAAUGCUUCAGCCAUAUGCUGCUCUUGCAGUAAGAAAUCUUUGUGCAAGACGAUGAAAUGUCAGUGCCGAGUGGCUGGGGGCAGCUGCGGGACAUCAUGUGGUUGUUCGCAUAUCAAAUGCACCAACAGGAGCUCACUUGUGGUCAAGUUGGAUGAAACCAUCCCAACACAAGCAGUGAAAGGAAAUGGAAACUCAAAAUGUUCAGGCAGUGCAGAAGCAGAGAAGGUCCUUGAUGAUAAUGACAUGACGACACUUCAGAGCAUGAACAGGGACUCAGUUGCAGUCAAGCUGGAUGAAACUAUGCCAACAGAAGCGGCUGAAGGAAAUUCAAAAAGUUCAGGUGGUGCUGAAGCAGAGAAGAGCAACAUUCUUGAUUCUAGAGAUGCAACCGCAUCUCUAAUUGCACCUGUCACACAGCCUGCCGAGAUAAAUGAAAACUGCGGCCUCAAGAAGAUGCCUCUAUAUGAUAUUGCCAACACACUGAUGAAAUCAUUUACGGCAAAACAUAACCAGAGAAGGAAAAGGCGAACUGAGGUCCCCAAGUAGCAAAAUUGAAUCGCGGAACAGCCUGAAGUCCCUGGAAAGCUGGACUCUGAAGACUAUAAGCAGGCAGCAACAUCCAGUGGUAUAGCUAUCUGCUACUGGCUACGACUGACAAAACUCAACUGGACCCCAUUCUCCAAGGAAGAGAAUGUGAAGGCCCACCAACUCAUAUAAGCUCCGACUCAGUUUUAUCCCGGCGGUUUGUUAUUUUUUUGUGAGCAACCUUACAAUAGAUCAUUGUUUGGAUUAACUACAAUUGAAGAUACCACAGAAGAUGUCUUUUUGAAGUUGAUGAGAAGGUUUGAUAUGACAUCAGAGGUUCUGAUGCCACAUUCUUUGUUGUUUAAUCAAUAGAAGAUCGAAUGAAAAGUGAAAGGACCAGACUUUGUGCUUUACUUAUAUCUGGUUUUUGAAUGUGAGAUUGAAGUUACUGGUA